AUGUCUGUUUACUCCUACGAAAACGUUGUUCCAAAUUUCAGAUUAGAUGGAAGAUUAGCUAUCCUCACUGGUGGAUCAGGCGGUUUAGCAUCCGUCGUUUCCCGUGCUUUAUUGGCUCAAGGGGCCGAUGUGGCCCUUAUAGAUAUCAACUUAGAACGUACCCAACUAGCUGCCAAAGAAGUAUUAGCCUGGGGUCAAGAAACAUUAAAAGGUACUCAUGAAUCUCCAAUCGGUAAAGUUUCUGCAUGGUCAUGUAACAUUGGAGAUGCUGAAUCGGUUGAAUCCACAUUUCAGGCAAUUAAUAUACAUCAUGACAAGAUUGCUGAUAUAUUAAUUAAUACUGCUGGAUAUUGUGAAAAUUUCCCGGCUGAAGAUUAUCCUGCUAAAAAUGCCGAAAAUAUAAUGAAAGUUAAUGGAUUAGGUUCAUUUUAUGUAUCACAAUCAUUUGCAAGACCAUUAAUUGAAAAUAAUUUACGUGGAUCAAUUAUUUUGAUUGGUUCAAUGUCUGGUACAAUUGUCAAUGAUCCACAACCUCAAUGUAUGUAUAAUAUGUCUAAAGCUGGUGUUAUUCAUUUAGUCAGAUCAUUAGCUUGUGAAUGGGCCAAAUAUAAUAUUAGAGUCAAUACUUUAUCUCCAGGAUAUAUCUUGACUCCAUUGACAAAAAACGUUAUUAGUGGUCAUACUGAAAUGAAAGAAGCUUGGGAAGGAAAGAUUCCAAUGAGGAGGAUGGCAGAACCAAAAGAAUUUGUAGGAUCUAUUUUAUAUUUAGCUAGUGAAUCAGCUAGUUCUUAUACCACUGGACAUAAUUUAGUAGUAGAUGGAGGUUAUGAAUGUUGGUAG